AGCAUCAGCAUCACACAUAGAGGCACAGAGAGGGAGAGCGAGAGCAAGAGAGAGAGAGAGAGAGAGAGAGAGAGCGAGAGAGAGAGAGAGCUCCUGGGCUCAUAACCUGCUGCUGCCGGCUUUCCUCUCCAUGCAUGCUACUAUGAGGAAGCCACUGGAGUUCUAAAGGUCAUCCGGAUUUCCUAUACAGCAGCGGCAUGUAUUGUGUGUGCUAAACCCUACUAGCCGAGUGUUGCAUCAUGGGUCACCGUGUUGUCCGAAGGAAGCUACGUCCAGCUCGGGUGCUCGCACUCCUCCUUGGGAUCUUAGCAAUAAGCUCAGUCUCCUUCUCCAACCUUGGUGCCUUCUUCUUCUCCUCCUCAUCCACAGCCUCAUGGAGCUCUGCCUCCCAGCUAGAGGAGACUCAUGGCCCUGCUCCUCACAGGACUCUCCUCUCGGUUAAUAACACUAUUGAAUCAGGGCAGCAGGGUGAGUAUCCUGAGGACUUGUUCACGCUGGAACAGCGGCGCCAAGGUGCAGUUGUCCUGCACGUACUUGGCAUGCUGUACAUGUUCAUUGCAUUGGCCAUCGUUUGUGAUGAGUUCUUCGUGCCUGCACUCACGGUCAUCACUGAGAAGCUGGCCAUAUCAGACGACGUGGCCGGUGCUACCUUCAUGGCGGCCGGAGGCUCUGCCCCCGAGCUCUUUACCUCCUUUAUUGGUGUUUUCAUCUCACACAGCAAUGUGGGCAUCGGCACGAUCGUGGGCUCGGCCGUCUUCAACAUCCUGUUCGUGAUCGGCAUGUGCGCUGUGUUCUCACGUGAGAUCCUAAACCUGACGUGGUGGCCGCUUUUCCGCGACGUCUCCUUCUACAUCCUCGACCUGAUCAUGCUCAUUGUCUUUUUCCUGGAUAACAGCAUCAGCUGCUGGGAGAGCAUAGCCCUGCUGCUGGCCUAUGCCACCUAUGUGCUCUUCAUGAAGUUCAACUCCCAGGUAGAGGCGCUCGUCAAAGGCUUAGUGAAUCGCAACCAGGUGGUGGAGGUGGCCGAGCCGCAGCCAAAGGUUAGUCCAGUGCCAACGGAGGAUGACAGCAAGCUGUCGGCCAAGCCUCGGCUGCAGAGAGGCGGAAGCUCAGCGUCGCUACACAACAGUCUGAUGAGGAACAGCAUCUUCCAGCUCAUGAUCCACACACUGGACCCACUUAGUGAAGAAUUCGCUGACUCUGAGCUGGGGACUUAUGGCAAGCUAAAAUAUUAUCACUCAAUGACAGAAGAAGGAAAGUUCCGUGAGAAGGCAUCCAUUCUUCACAAAAUUGCCAAAAAGAAAUGCCAAGUGGAAGACGCUAACGGAGUGGCUGAUAAGAACCUCCCGAAUAGCUCCAGCGUGGAGGUGGAAGUUUCUCCACCUCUGAACGGCACUGCGGGACAAGAGGGAGAUGCGGGUGACGAAGACGACGAAGAAGAUCAGCCCCUGAGCCUGUCGUGGCCCGAGAGCAGUCGUAAGCGCCUUACGUACCUCUUACUCCUCCCCAUCGUCUUACCCCUGUGGAUCACGCUGCCCGAUGUCCGUAAACCAACAUCCAAAAAGUUUUUCCCCAUCACGUUCCUGGGUUCCAUCUGCUGGAUCGCUUGCUUCUCCUAUCUGAUGGUGUUUUUAGCUCACCAGGUUGGCGAGACCAUUGGCAUCACGGAAGAGAUCAUGGGGCUGACCAUCCUGGCAGCAGGAACGUCUAUCCCAGAUCUCAUCACCAGCGUCAUCGUGGCACGGAAAGGUCUCGGAGACAUGGCGGUGUCCAGCUCGGUCGGCUCCAACAUCUUUGACAUCACCGUAGGGCUGCCCUUCCCCUGGCUCUUGUUCUCUCUGGUGAACGGUUUGAGUCCGGUGGAGGUGAGCAGCAACGGCCUCUUCUGUGCCAUCGUGCUCCUCUUCAUCAUGCUCCUCUUCGUCAUCAUCUCUAUUGCCGCCUGCAAGUGGAAGAUGAGCAAGCUGCUGGGUUUCAUCAUGUUCCUCCUCUACAUCGUCUUCCUUGUGGUCAGCGUCAUGCUGGAGGACAAGAUCAUCGUCUGCCCCAUUUCCAUCUGACGCUCUUCACUCGCACCAUCAGUCCAGCAAAGCACCCUUUCGGCGAAGCUCCGCCCCUUCUCAUCGAAGCAGGAAGUUGAAAAUGAACCUAAACCUCAAGCUGUAGUUCCUUUAAUAAUUGACCCCUUUAACAUAUCAGUGUCUGUUUACACCCUGAAGCCUCAUCCAUGUUUCUCCAAACCUGCUUUCCUCUCAUCAGAGUCCAAUGGUUCAUCCUUCAGCUGGAACCGCUGGAUGUCUUUGUGUCUUGUGCGAUUUUUCUGGACAACGAAUCUUCUAUAGUUGUGUUUUUGGAAAGUUAGUUAGCUGCUUGUGCUGAGCGAUACGUCAAAAUCUGGCAAAAAAGGAUCCUGGAACUGUAGAGAAAAAGAACCAUCAAAAACAGUCUCUAAGGUAUCAAUUAAAAUAUCCGUUUUAUAUUAUUUUAUUAAAUCAUUUAUACUAUUUUAGUUUUAAACUUAUAAAAUCCUUACAACGUUUGAACGAACAACUUAAACCUAAAGCAAAAAAUGUUUACUAGGGCAAUUCUACAAAAUCUAUUCAUAAUAUAAACCUGGAGUUAAGCACCUGAAGAAGAAGAAGAAACACCUAAUGCUUUUUCUCAACCAAGAAAAUAAUUUCCCAUCAUAAAAGACUCAGGUCAAUUUCCAUCAGGCAGAAUGUUUUCUUUUUAAUCAGGUAAAUAAACUAAUGACCAGAAUGAAAACGGAACCUGCUGUGCUGUUGCAAUGGAAAAUGCCCCAUGAAUUACACAAACUUACACCAUUUUUGUACCAACUGUAGUAAAUAAAAAAAAGUCUCUUACGGUUAAUUGUAAGAAUCAUUAGCGAUGGAAUGAGGUAAAUUCUGAAAAACAGCAAUAAAUAAAAGAAAAGAAAAGUUAAGCUAGAAAAGUCAUUACUUAGUAAUUCAUAGUUACGUUGUAUAACGACCUUAACGAAGAAUAAGAAUCUGUGACUUAUAGUAAACUUUGCAGGUUUUUCCUCUCAAUUUCUGUUAGUACCUUCUGUUGUUGUAUCUUUGACCCAUGAAAAUAUUUAGUUUCCAAUUUGCAUAAUGGAUCAUGGAAAGGAAGAACGUGCUGAUUUUGGGAUUUUUUGUGAAAAAAAACAAGCAGAUUUUUUAUUUGCAGUUGAACUAAAAGAGAUUUAAGCAUUUUUGAGAAUAUAAAUUUAAAUUUAAAGCUACAGGUAGUUUUUACAGUGGAUAAAACGAUCGCUCAGCACCAGUGUUGUAAUUUAAUGCUAAGCGAGAGAGAGAGAGAGAAAGAGAGAGAUUCAGAUCAGGAUGUACUAUGCAUGGCAUUCUCUUCACCAAUGAGACGAUCCUGGAGAAAAUUCCAAGGUUUCAGAUUUGAUGAUGUUCCGAGGUCAGAUCCAGAGCUACGUUUGCUACAUGAGCCCUAACCCGUGCAGCUUCACGUUGGCUCGAGACGUUCUCUAACGAAUGCUCCUGGGACGGACGCUUUGAUGUUUUUACCUUUCAUGAAAGUGUGAAUGUUCUGGUCAGACAGUCGGUAAAAAACAGGCAAAAAAAUGAUGACCGAUGUGACAAGAAGAUUUUGAGUGCAUUCAGGGCACUAUUGUGUACGUGCAGAUAGUCAUGUUUUUUUUAUCAACCCUCCCCACCCAUUCUCUGACCAUUUCACCCAACUACCCAUCUCCUGACCAUCUCACCCAUCUGCCUUUCUCAUGACCAUCUCACCCAUCUGCCCAUCCCCUGUCCAUCUCACCCAUCUGCCCAUCCCCUGACCAUCUCACCCAUCUGCCUUUCUCAUGACCAUCUCACCCAUCUGCCCAUCCCCUGACCAUCUCACCCAUCUGCCUUUCUCAUGACCAUCUCACCCAUCUGCCCAUCCCCUGACCAUCUCACCCAUCUGCCUUUCUCAUGACCAUCUCACCCAUCUUCCCAUCCCCUGACCAUUUCAGCUAUCUGCCCAUCCCCUGACCAUCUCACCCAUCUGCCUUUCUCAUGACCAUCUCACCCAUCUUCCCAUCCCCUGACCAUUUCAGCUAUCUGCCUAGCCACCUCCUUUUUACGACUCAGUUACUUUUUCUUGUGUCACGUGCCCGAGUCACAAUUCCACCUGACUGUUCCUCUGAUAAUUGAUAUAGCGAGUAGAACUAGUUGAAGCACAGUAUUGAAAAUAAUCACCAGAAGAUUUAAAAAGAAAGAAACAAAUGAAUCACGAUCAGCACCUCGGCACACACCCAUUUCACCCUCAAGCAUGUUAUUGUGUAUACGGAUAACAUAGAUUAGCCUCCUAAAAUAGUAUGCAAGAGGAAAAAAAAACAAAAAACACAAGAGCGGACAGCUGAGUAGACGCUUUUAGACAUAGUUCGGUGUCAAACUAGCCUGUAGAUAGUUCUUAUAUAUAAAUAUAUACAGUGAGGAAAAUAAG